GUUAAAACUGAACAGAGCAACCAACAAGUUGGAAGGACAAAGCCCCGCCUAAAUCCCGAAGCUCACGAAGAAGACCACCUCGACGCUAAUUCGAAUGAAUUUUCACCUCUGAACGCUCGGGGAAAGCGAUGGUAACCUUCGAUUCCCUGCUGUAACUUUACUGCCCAGAAGUUUUUGCUUCAUGAUGCAUUCUGGGUUCGCUAAAAUUGAUCUUUCGUCCCACCCCCUUUAAUGAUUUUGUGUUGUUUUUUUCUCCUGGGGUUUCAGUUUUCGAUCGCAGCGAUCAAUGAUACAGACUCGAAAGGGGAAUGGGAACCUCUUGCCCCAACUAAGGAAGCCCAGGAGUUCCAUCUAUCACAGCUUUAUCAUGAAGGACUGGCAAAGCUUCAAGCUAAAGAAUAUGAAAAGGCUCGUGAACUCUUAGAGUCGGUUAUAAAAGAUCCUUUGGUAUCAACUGCGCAGGUUGAAAAUAAUGGUAGCGAUGGCCAUCUUUUACAGCUCAGAUUUUUGGUGCUGAAAAACCUUGCCACAGUUUUUUUCCAACAAGGUUCUGCAUUUCACGAGAAUGCUUUACAGUGCUACCUUCAGGCAGUGGAGAUUGAUAACAAAGAUUCAGUUGUCUGGAACCAGUUAGGAACCUUAUCCUGCUCAAUGGGGCUUCUCAGUAUUUCACGGUGGGCAUUUGAACAAGGAUUGCUUUGCAGCCCCAACAACUGGAAUUGCAUGGAAAAACUUUUGGAAGUUCUUAUUGCUAUUGGUGACGAGGUUGCCUGUCUCUCUGUGGCUGAAUUGAUAUUGAUGCACUGGCCAUCACAUUCACGUGCUUUACAAGUUAAAACUACAAUUGAAGACUCUGAACCAGUCCCAUUUUCUCCGAGGGGUAUAGACAAACUGGAGCCUAAACAUAUUCGGCUUAAAUUUUCUAAGAGAAAGGCCAAAUGUGAUGACACGGGUGAUGAAGGUGUUCCAUCGAAGAAGUUGAAGAAAACUGUGGAAAUGCAGCUUGCUGAAGCUUCCUGGACUACUCUUGCUGGUAAUCUCCUGGAGAUUUUGAAUGAUUUGGGUUCAGAUAAUGCUGAAAUGAGAUCAAAUCAAUAUAAAUCUGGGAGGUCUAGUAUUAGUAUUCAAUUGCCUAACACUUCAAGAAUUGUUACGGGGACUGUGGAAAGCAAAGGGUCUAUGUUAACUUCAACUGGCAUAGAUGCGUCCGUUGCUAAUAGAAAUAUUGAGAAACAUUGUCCCACCAAAUCAAAGGAAGCCAAUGUUUAUGAGGAUCAGCCUCAAGAAAGACGAAGUAGUCGUCUUAGGAGCCGUAAACCCGAAAAAGAUGAUUCAGGUUUGGUGAUCACAAAGGAUCUAGGUAAAGUUGUUAUGCAAUUUUUAAGACCUUUUAUUUUGGAUGAAGGAGGAAACUAUGGUUUGGAGACUGAUGCUACUUCCUCAUUUGAUUGUUCUGGAGCUGUUACAAGAGCCCAGGAUUCCGAAGGUAUGGAUGUGAUUAGAUUCGUUCAGAAAACUUUGAACAAUUAUGGUGCCUACCACUUGGGUCACUUGCUUCUAGAAGAGGUUGCAAGCAGAGACAUACUCUAUCAAGAAUCGAAUGCUAAACUUCUGGAGUUGGAGAAGUUAACAAGGCAAUGGGGGAAGGAAAGGUCUCCGCAAUGUAGUCUUUUUCUUGCAGAGUUAUAUUAUGACUUUGGCCUGCGUUCUUCAGAGUCAUCUGUGUCUGAGUACAUGUCAGAGGCUACGUACCACCUUUGUAAAGUUAUUGAGUCUGUAGCUCUGGAGUGUCCACUCCAAACUUCGGGUAUCCCUUGGAAUAAUAAUCUUUCUGGAAAAGAAAGUUUGUCAGACAAUAGUAAAUUUUCAGUUCGUGAUAGUUAUCCAUUGAGCAACAACUAUCCCUUCUGGGUGCGCUUUUUCUGGUUGAGUGGGCGACUCUCAGUAGUAGAUGGAAACAAAGCAAAGGCCCGGGAAGAGUUUUCUAUUUCUUUAUCGCUAUUGGAAAAGAAUCAAAGUGUGAGUGACUCCACUCCUAUUUGCUUGUCACAUUGCAAAGCUUGUCAAAAUUUGACUGCUGAUAGAAUUGUCAAUGAAAUGAGCUUGUUAGAGGUGGACUUCUUGAUGAAGAGGACUGUGCCUGAUAUGAUUGAAAAGCAUAUGUAUUCAGAGUGUGUAGAUUUGCUUGUUCCACUUUUGUUCUGUGCCAAAGAAGUCCAUCUUGAUGUAGGGGAUGUUACUGGGAUCGAUAAAGGAUUCACACAUGUUGAGCUAUCUGCAAUAAAUGCUUUGAUCAAAGCUUGUGAGCGAGCAGAGGAAAUGGACUUUGAGGUUUGUCUGAAGUGUCACAAGAGGAAACUUCAGGUACUCAUGUCUGCAGCUGGUCUAGGUGACUUUGCUACUGCUAAUAGAAUGCUAGGUAUGAAAGAUUUCUGUGCUACUGAAUCGGAAACAGAAGAGAGCAUGCGCUGGGACCGCUUGGUUGCUGAAGAAGUUAAGGCAAUUUCUGAUUGUAUUUCACGCAUUAAGAGCAUCACUGCAGGUGAACGUGUGAAUGGUGUUGUUGGUCCAAUAACAGUCAUCAGUGACAUUCAAUCAUUGCUUCUGGAUCUAAUGUGCAAUGUUGCCAACAAGUACCUCUCUAAGAAAGCUGGUACUGACCAAAAUGAUCUUGGAGAAAGAUGUUACUUUUUAGAUGCAGCUAUUACAUUUUGUAAGCUUCAACACUUGAUCCCUGAUGUGCUUAUAAAGACUCAGACUGAAUUAAUUGUUGCAAUCCAUGACAUGCUUGCUGAAUUUGGUCUCUGCUGUGGUCGUGGAAGUGAUGACGAAGAGGAAGGGACGUUUCUAAAAUUUGCUAUUAAGCACUUAUUAGCUUUGGAUAUGAAGCUUAAAUUGAAUUUGCACACUAUCAAUACCACAGAUGAUACAAAAUGUUCUGAGCAGUCCACCCAGUGCCCUGAAGCUUCCACUAAAGAAAAAAUAAUGAUUGAUCUUAAUGCAGAGGUGGAUCUGACUGAUAGAGAUGAAAACUGCAGGAGUGAAAAGGAUGACCCAGAAAUGAGGAUUUCAGAAGGCAUUUCCAAACAUGAAAAUUUCCAGAAUGACAAAACAGGAAUGGACUGCGAUAAAGAUGCUGAUGUUAGGCCCAAUGAAAUGUUUCAUGAGAAAGAAAAAGAAAACAAGCAAUCUACAGAAUGUGAGGCUGAAUUAACGGAGGAUGAAAGAGAAGAACUUGAGUCGGGGAUUGAUAAUUCUUUAGAUCAAUGCUUUUACUGUUUGUAUGGUUUGAAUCUCAGAUCUGACUCAUCUUACGAGGAUGAUUUAGCAGUGCACAAAAACACAAGCCGUGGGGAUUACCAGACAAAGGAACAGUGUGCUGAUGUUUUCCAGUACAUCCUUCCGUAUUCUAAAGCUUCAACUCGAACUGGGCUUAUAAAAAUUCGGAGAGUUCUAAGAGCUAUACGCAAGCACUUUCCGCAGCCACCUACUGAUGUUUUGGAAGGAAAUGCUAUAGAUAAGUUCUUAGAUGAUCCUAAUUUAUGUGAAGAUGAACUAUCAGAAGAGGCUGGAUCUGACGGCUUUCUGGACUCUGUUAUAAAAAGAGUAUUUUCUGAUCCUGGAAGUCUCAAAGAACAGCAAACCUCUCUAGUAACUAGUUCUGAACCAUAUUAUGAUGUAUACUGCAACCUUUAUCAUGUUCUUGCGUUGUCCGAGGAGAUGAGUGCAACCGACAAAUGGCCUGGCUUUGUUUUGACAAAGGAAGGGGAAGACUUUGUCGAGCAAAGUGCAAAGCUCUUCAAAUAUGAUUUACUUUACAAUCCAUUGCGCUUUGAGAGUUGGCAACGGCUGGCAAAUUUAUAUGAUGAGGAGGUAGACUUGCUAUUGAAUGAUGGAAGUAAGCAAAUAAAUGUUUCAAGCUGGAGAAAGAAUGCUGAUUUACCUCAGAGAGUUGAAAGAAGUAGAAGAAGGAGCAGGCGAUGCUUAUUAAUGACAUUGGCUCUGGCGAAAACAGCGGUUCAACAGGGUGAGAUACACGAAUUGUUGGCGUUAGUGUACUAUGAUGGCAUUCAGAACGUUGUACCCUUCUAUGACCAGAGAUAUAUAUCACCAUCAAAGGACAGAGACUGGACAAUGUUCUGUCAAAACUCAAUGAAACAUUUCAAGAAGGCGUUUGAACAUAAGGAAGACUGGUCUCAUGCAUUUUAUUUGGGUAAACUCUGUGAGAAGCUUAGCUACUCGAAGGACUUGUCUUUUUCAUACUACGCAAAGGCUAUUGCUUUGAAUUCGUCGGCUGUGGAUCCUUUCUACAGAAUGCAUGCUUCUCGUCUGAAGCUUCUCUCGAAAUGUGGGAAACAUGAUCCCAAAGCCAUGAAGAUGGUUGCAUCAUACUCAUAUAUGGAGUCCACAAAGCUGACUGUCAUGAGAAUUCUUGAUGAAAUUGACCAUGAAAUUUCACAAUCAAGAACGAGUGCUGAUGAAAGAAGUGCAGAUGGCAACUCCACUUGUUCCUUGGUGAAUAUGUCUAAGUUGGAAGAGGUGUGGCAUUUGCUUUACAAUGAUUGCCUUGCUGCGCUUGAAAUUUGUGUGGAAGGAGAACUCAAACAUUUUCAUAAAGCUAGAUAUAUGCUUGCUCAAGGGUUUUAUCAAAGAGGGGAGAGCGGAGAUCUGGAGAAGGCGAAGGAGGAGUUGUCCUUCUGCUUUAAGUCAUCUCGUUCUUCCUUUACAAUUAACAUGUGGGAAAUUGACAGUACUGUCAAGAAAGGAAGGCGCAAAGCACCGAGUCUGUCCAGCAAUAAAAAAACACUGGAAGUUAACCUAGCGGAAAGUUCACGAAAAUUUAUUACUUGCAUCAGGAAGUACAUAUUAUUCUAUUUGCAAUUGUUGGAGGAAACUGGUGACUUGCCAACUUUGGAUCGGGCAUAUAGUUCGCUUCGAACGGACAAGAGGUUCUCUCUGUGUCUAGAAGAUAUUGUUCCUGUUGCCCUGGGGAGAUAUGUCAGGACUUUAAUAAAGUCUAUCAAUCAAUCUCGCUCUAGCUCUGAUACUGCUGUUAAUAGUGCCGAUGAGCAUCUUCUGGAGAAAAUUUUCUCUUUGUUCCUGGAACAGGUGAACUUGUGGUCGGAUAUUUGCAGCUUGCCUGAUAUUAAGACCCCAGAACUGACAGAAGCCUACUUAUAUGGAUAUCUCUAUCAAUACAUCCAGUCCUUAGAGAGAGAUGUCAAGGUUGAGGCACUUGAGGGUAUAAAUGAGAAAAUCAGGAAGCGGUUGAAGAACCCAAAGUUGUCCAAUAGCAACUGUGCUAAAGUUUAUAAGAAUGUUUGCGUUGCUUGGUGUAGAUCUCUAGUAAUCAGCAUGGCUUUGAUAACACCGUUGCAUUCUAGACUUUCCAGUGAGCUCCAUGUUCCAGGUUUAUUAGGUGUUGGAUCAGAAAACAUACAGUUACUCUGUGUAGAUCUUCAAUCAGAUGAAUUAUGGAGUUCAUCAGCCGAGGACCUAGAACAUCUGAAUAGUCUUGAAAUGAAAUGGAACCCUUCAUUGUCUAAGAUCAAGAAUGUGAUUGUCAAGAGAGCUUCAGAUGAAGACCUGGAAACUGCUGCCAUUUUGCUUAGAUCUUCUUAUAACUUCUACAAGGACACAUCUUGUGCUUUGUUACCAUCUGGUAUAAACCUUUAUACGGUGCCAUCUCAAUUAGCAACAGAAACAUAUGUCCAGCCUGGUAUAGAUGGGGUAGACAUUCUUGACAUGAAUACAUCAAGGAAGCUUCUCUUGUGGGCCUUCACACUUCUGCAUGGAUAUUGCCCAAGUCUUUCUGUUGUGAUUAAAUACUGUGAGGAAAAUGUUAAGUUGAAGAUGAAAAAGGGAACUGGAAGCCCAUUUAUAGGUUCAAAUGCAAGCACACCUUCUGCACCAAGCUCCAACACAGGUGGCGGGAAAGAUGGAACUGGGAAAACUAAUGAGCCAGAUGGUUGCUCCAUUUCACCUGUUGUGGCUACUGCUUCCAUGCCCGAAACAGAUUGUUCACCUACAGUGGUAUGUCUCUCCUCACCUGAAAAAGAAGCAAAUAAUGCUUCGCCAGCUUGCUUGCUCCAAAAAGAGGGCACCCAGAAUUUGGCACUAAUAACGCAUCCAGAGACAGAGAUCCUUUCCAGCACAUUGCCAUCAUCGUUGCCUGAAAGUGCUAGCGAAAACUUGGCUAACAUAUCCUCCAUUGAGAAUCAAGAGAUACCUUCGUCAACUUCACCGGCAUUGCAUAGCAGGAGCAGUGCUGAAGAAGACGGUGUUAUAGAUCUCAACAAAGAUUAA